AUGACAGUGCUUAAAGACGCGUUUGCGCGAUCCGAUACAUUUUUGCGACCCCGGUCUGAGUAUAUUUCGAGUCCCGGAAAGCAAUCCGACGAUUCUACACCUUCGACGCCUGAUAAAGAUUCAGAACGAAAACCACGGGCUGUGCGAAAACCCUCGCCUGGUCUUGCCGCCCGACUUGCAGCGUUAGGUUUUGGAAAGGAACCCGAUUCAAAUUCAACAACGACAACGGCACAAGCUGAACGAAUUGGGCGCAUCCCUGAAGAUCAAAUUCGCCAACUUGACCACCUCCACCGCGCUAAUUCGACGAGUUCGCACAUUCACCGACGAGGUCGAGCUUGGAGUGGCAGUAUCGGUCUCUUGACGCCUCAAAUAACUGGCGGUAGCUUUAAAGAGACAAACCUUCGAGAGAUCACAAUCAGUGACACGCGAGUCCCUGACAGUGCCACACAUUCAACACCUUCGCCUGAUAGCUUUCGUAAUCAGGAGAUGACAACAAAUGUUGACCUUACAGGAAUGGAUUCUCAGAAGUAUCGAUUACCAGAACAUACAAAUGCAAAUGGCACAAAGACGAUGGCAGAUAUAAAGCAGGCGCAUAUUGUGCGAAGGAUACCUCCUGUCGAAGAAAUCAAAAUACCUUCACCUCCUGUUCAUGACGACGAAAUACCUCCACCUCCCAUAGCUAAAGAUACACCGCCAAGCGCGACAACACCCAGCGAAUCCUCGAAUGAUGUCUCAUCCUACUUCAAUCCUUUCGGUCAUCAACGGGCAGGGUCAAUAUACACACUGUCGCGGGCGUCUUUCGCAAGUCAGCUUGCCCAAUUGACGUCAUUGCAACUGCCAGAUGCCGCCUCGUUGUCAACAAAAAUAUCCGCAAUUCCUAGCUCGAAAUCCGCCUCAAAGGCAUUAAUGGGGGCUGCGGAACAAAUCAGGAGUUGGAUAUCAAAGGCAUCAGACGUUGUCUCUGGCCUUGAUGGAGAGGACGAUGUGGAAUGGGCUGCAGCUGGUGGUAGGGAAGGGCUAGAAGAAGUUGAUAAUGCGAUCACACGUUUCGAAAAAUUAAUUAAUGUUUAUGUCUCAGCCAUCGAAUCACUACAAGAACGGACUGAUAUUGCUAUGGUACCUGCAGACGAACUUCAAAAGGUCGUACUACAGGUAGAAAGUAUACUUGAGGAAUGGGAAAAGAUCAAGAGAAAUCUGAAGGCGGUAAAGAACUCUGUUGAGAUUGCUAUGGAAUGGGAGGAGUUGUGGAACACAGUAUUGGGCGAUAUAGGCAACGAGGUGGAUAUUCUGGCGCGUCUCGUUUUUGAAAUGGAGGAAAAGAGACACAAGUCCUUGGCAGAAGCCGAUAGCGACGGAGUUGAUAUCAAGGAGCUUGAGACCAUUGUGGAAGAAACGCCCCGGUCCAAGGCGAGAUUACAAAUCGGCAAUCGAUUCGGCAUGUCUUCCUCCUCCCCAGCUUUCCCUUUGAGCCCGAAUUCGCCAGUGACGCCGAUAAUGGCCCAAGACGACUCUAGUCUACUAGCAUUAUUUGCACGAAUGCAGCCUUUGAGAGCUUCUUUGGACUUUUUACCUAUGAGACUGUCAACGUUUCAUUCUAGAGCCGAAGCGAUCUUUCCAACGGCUUGCGAUGAACUGGAAAGUCGCCGAGGUGGUUUGGAAAAAAGUUGGAAGUCUCUCGAAAAGGAUGCCGAAUCAUUACGAAGGGAACUUGGUGAGGAUCGGUGGGUUCUCGUCUUCCGCGGUGCGGGUAGACAAGCACAGAAGAUGUAUGAAUCAGUCGAAAGAAGUUGUGCCAAGUUGAAGGAAUCUCUUGACAAUGGGGUUCAUCUGAACAAUCCAGCUACAAUGGGCAAGAAGAUAGAGAGUUACGAAGCGAAGAAGGUGCAUUACGGUCCAGCCAUUGAACGAGUUUUAUCCAUCAUAGAGAAAGGGGUUAAGGACCGCCUCACUGUCAAUGGCGAGAUUUUGAGAUUACACUCGGACAUGCAACAGAAGUGGGAUUCAUUAAAAGGCGAAAUGAAUGAACUGGACACAACACUUGAAGAACUCCAGGGAGAUCACAGAAAUCAGCAGCUCAGGGAUUCAAUCUCAAGCAUGGUUUCAAAUGAUCGAUCAACCCUGGGAAGCUUCAGCAAUGACACACCAGGAAGUUCACCAGCAUCUUCAGUAAUAAUGUCAGGUUUAGGCAGUAAGCUUGACGCCACGACGUCUGGUAGAAAUGGCAAGAUGCGUCCCACUUGCAGAACUAGUUCACCCCAAGUUGGAUCAAAUAGGAACCUAACUGCUGGACAACCUCCACGUUCUUUCAGUCGAGCAUCUCCAUCUCCUAUUCCUUCCCGACAAGGCUCAGCAACUCCAACAGCUCGACUUCCCCGACCUUCCAACACUCCCGUUGACAAUCGUCCUCGAUGGAACAGCAGCACCAAUACCAAUGACACACUUAUUGGACAUGGUUACAAACCUCUCAGUAUCACAACUCCAAGUCCUAAUCAACGUCGUCCACCUUCUACCAAUUCGAAUCGUUCCACUAGAUCCAGCACGUCUGAGUCUAAAUUACCUCUACGAAGCCCACUCGGUCGUGGAAGUACCGCCUCUCCAGUCAUCCAAGAGCCUACGACCCCUUCGGGGAAUAGGCCGGCCUCGCGAACCGUACGACGUGACGCUUCUACCCCAGGGCCAUACUCUCAACAAACACUAUCAGUUAAUUCACCUUCCCACCCCCGUCUUCUUGGUAGCAAAUCAUCCAUGUCCAAUCUCAUAGGUGGCAAUCGUCGCUCCUCGAUGCAUCCUUCGUAUACAUAUGACGCUAGGUCUAGCAGCCCGGUAGUCAGGAGACCUGCUAGUUCAUUGGCUACUAGCAGAAGGAUUAGUCUUUUGCCAACCCCAAGAGGUAGAAACUCGGAAAUGGCUGGUCGGGAGAGUCCCGCACCAAACAGAGGCAGCAGCACAUCUACCACUGAUAGCAAAGGUAACCCCAAGAAGCCAUGGAGACCAUGA